GAGUACGAUGGCGAACGCAAUCCAGAAGGUGAGCGACAUGGCCGUGGCAGAGCACGUCUACCCAAUGGCGAUACGUACGACGGAGAAUAUGAACACAGUUUCAGAAGUGGACAGGGGACAUACAGAUUUAAAAAUGGUGCUUACUACACUGGAGAGUAUCUUCAAGGCAAAAAGCAUGGCAAGGGUACUUUUUUUUAUCCAGAUGGAUCAAAAUAUGAAGGAGACUGGGUGAAUGAUCAGAGACAUGGCUUUGGAGAGUAUACAUAUGCAAAUGGAGACACCUAUACUGGAGAAUGGCUUAACCACAAUAGGCACGGGCAAGGUACAUAUGUCUAUAAAGACACAGGUUCUAGGUAUGUUGGCGGCUGGGUAAAUGGAAACCAGGAAGGCGAUGCUGAACUUAUCCACCUAAACCAUAGAUUUAAGGGCAAGUUUUUGAACGGAUAUCCUGUAGGUUAUGGCAAAUAUGUCUUUGAUAUUGGAUGUGAACAGCAUGGUGAAUACGUACAAUCAGAGCAGGAUAAAGGAGAAGGAGAAGAAGAAGAAGAAGAGGAGGAACACUCAUUUGUUGAACCAAAAUGGAAAGCAUCAGAAAUUACCAAAUUAACACUCUGGACUCCCCAUGGGGAAAAUCCACCUUCUUCCAAACGAGCCUCCCUAGUGGAAGCAGCAGCUGCAGAAGCAGUUGAAGAAGGAGCAGCGGCAACAGUAGCUGAGGAGGAGAAAAUACCAUCAACUGCAGCCGCUGAUGAGUCUGUUGAGGGAAGCAAUGAUAGGUCUUCUCUUCAUGAAGUAUCCAGUGAAGUUUUUAGCCAAGGAAGGGAUGCAGGAGAGGAAAAUGAGGGAAGCAGAGAAGAAGAAGAAGAAGAAGAAAACAAAUAUCAGGAGGAUCAAGGAACUACUAGUUUAGAGGAUAAGGAGGAUGAAUCAAAGGAAGCAGAGUAA